UGCCGGAAGCCGUUCCAAGAUUCUAGACCAACAGGCUGGUGGACCGCGCCGCGGGUUGGUGGGGACAGCCCUGGGCGCUGGACCACUGGGGGUCCUCGGAAUGACGGCGAUGGUUGCAUCCACCCGACACAAUGGGUUUAUCUCUGCGCCCAGUUCCUGUUUCCUUGCUGUAGAAAACUCCCCUUCUUUUGUUUUGCACAGCAUGCCGUCAAGGCAACAUCUUUGAAAAUUACACCCCCAUCCGCCUUUCAGGAGGUCCCCUCCUCUCUUUACGCACCACAAGAAGCCCGUCGACCACACAAAACCUCGGACCUUCUUGUCAGAGGAGGGAGCAGCAGUAGCAGCACCGUUGGAGAAGAGUACGAGCUAGCCGAGUACAAGUCCGGCGACAAACAACGGGAGCGGGAACGGGAAUACAACGAGAAAACACGCGACCGGCAGCGCAGGUACAACGUCAGGCGGGCCGAGAAGCGCCGUUGGCUCGAACACAACGACGAGAUGAAGUUCUCCCACAGCAUCCAGUUCAAUGCUGUGCCGGACUGGAGCAACCACUACAUCGCCUACAGCACCCUCAAGAAGCUAAUAUACUCGCUCGAAAAGUCGAUCCACCUCGCGUCCGGGGGCGACGGCGAGUCGCGACCCCUGAUCCAACAUGACGACCCCGAAACCAUCUUCACCCGCGCCCUCGAUGUCGAGCUGGAAAAGAUCACAUCUUUCUACGUCAUCAAGGAGAAGGAGCUGACAGACGAGGUCGACGCCCUCUUGAAAGAGGUGGCCGCAUUCGAGGAGGGAGCCGACGAGCACACACGACCCGCCACCCGGUCCAGCGAGCGACCACAGCUGCGCUACCGCAGCCAGAGCGCCAGGAGCCGUCACUCAACCGAAGAUGACGGGCAAGAAGACAGCGACGACGACGACGGGGACGGCGAGGCGACCGGGCUCACCAAGAGGAGAAGGGGAAGCUUUGGGAGACGCAGGACGAUCCCCAAUGCCAUGUUGGCCUCCACCACCGACAUGACCGCUUCCACCGAGCUCACCAGGUCGCUCAGAAGGCUGAGCGUCACGUACGAUGACUACGCCGAGCAGGCCGCUCUCUUUUCCAACGGCAUCAUGCUCAAGAAGAAAAUCAUCGACGUCUACGUCCGCCUCUGCGAGCUCAAAUCCUACAGCCAGCUCAACAGGACCGGCUUCAACAAGAUUCUCAAAAAGUUUGACAAGAUUUGCGACCGCCGGCUCCGGUCAAAGUACAUGAGCAGCUUUGUCGACUCUGCCUACCCCUUCAAGCCAGAGACGACCAAGUCUUUGGAGGAGCAUAUCCAGCGCAUUGUCCAGGCCUACGCCGAGAUCGUCACGGACGGCGACGAAGCCGCCGCCACCAAGGAUCUCCGGUCACACCUGCGCGAGCACGUCGUCUGGGAGCGCAACACGGUCUGGAGGGAGCUGAUCGGCCUGGAAAGGCGAGCCGAAGCCGCCAGCCUGGGCCACACGCUGCUCGGCCGGGAGGCGGACCCCCAGGCUACUCGGCUGCAGGGCGAUGAUGACUUGGUGUUACCGACCAAGGCGAUAAGCACCCCUCUUGGGCGCUUCAACCUGCCGACCUGGCUCGUCAGCUCCACCAUGUUUGCGCUUGUCGUCAUCUUUGCCGUCUUUGUGGCCAUGCUGCUGGUUCCGAUCAUGGAGAAGCCGGAGCAGCAGAACUGUCUGGCCAUUCUGGUGUUUGUCAGCUUGCUCUGGGCGACGGAGGCGAUCCCGCUGUUUGUGACGUCGUUGACGAUUCCGUUCUUGUGCGUGGUGUUGCAGGUUUUCUUGGACAAGGACGAGCCUCACAAGCGGUUGGGUGCCAAGGACGCCACGGCUGCCGUGUUUGCGGCCAUGUGGACGCCGGUCAUCAUGUUGUUGCUUGGUGGAUUCACGCUGGCGGCUGCGUUGUCGAAGUGUUAUAUUGAUAAGCGGAUUGCCACGUUCGUGCUGAGCAAGGCGGGGACCAAACCAAAGACUGUGCUCAUUGCCAACAUGGCUGUUGCGGCUGUGGCGUCGAUGUUGAUCAGCAAUGUUGCCGCGCCGGUUCUGUGCUUCGGCAUCAUUGAGCCCAUGCUCCGGAACCUGCCCUCGGGAUCGGACAUGUCCAAGGCUGUUAUCAUUGGCAUCGCGCUGGCUUCGAACAUCGGUGGGAUGCUCUCGCCCAUUGCCUCACAGCCUUAG